AUGCUUUUAAAAAUUUUCGUUAAAGCGUUUAUCGCUUUGCGGGUUAUAAAUUUAUAUCCAUUAAUUUGCGCAUCGUUACCGUUAUUAUUGCUAACGUUAAAAAAACCGUUGCUAUUAUCGGGCAUUUUUACCGGAAAAGUACGGAAAGCGGGCCGGGCAAAAAAAACGUUAAAAACGGCGGGAUCGGAAAAAGGAAAAACAAUAAUUGCCGCCCAACCAUUAUUACAAACGCCGUUACCGUUGCGGUUACCGCGCGUAGCAAAAUUAGCUUUGGCCGUACCUUUUUUUUAA